AUGCGUGUGUAUAAAUCAGCUAUCUUCCUCAUAUCCCCCUCCCCUUGCAGCGCCACCCCCACUGCCUCCUCCACAGCACAUCUUCUGCGAUCAGACCAACCACACCAUCACUCCCACCACCUACACCGUGCGCCUGCCAUACAACUCCUGCAGAAGCAUCCCCUGCAGCCGUUGCCGAGCGUGCCUUGUCUCUCUGGCGUUGGGGUCGUACCCUUACCACUUCCUUCAGCUGUGUCCCUGUCGGGUCCCUGUGUGGUGAAGGUCUGGGGCGCCAACAGCACAUGCGUUGGAACAGCAGUGGGUAGCAUCCUGUCCCUGUGCGGUCAAGGCCUGCAGCGCAACAGCACGUGCGUUGUGAACAGCGUGGAGUGGCGUCCUGUGUACUCACCGACAAGUGUGUUGGUACGUGAUACUCACCUCUCACCUCUCACCACUUCUCACCUCUCACCACUUCCCACCUCUCUCCACUUCUCACCUCUCACCACUUCUCACCUCUCACCACUUCUCACCUCUCACCACUUCUCACCUCUCUCCACUUAUCACCUCUCACCACUUCUCACCUCUCACCACUUCUCACCUCUCUCCACUUAUCACCUCUCACCGCUUCUCACCUCUCACCACUUCUCACCUCUCACCACUUCUCACCUCUCACCACUUCUCACCUCUCUCCACUUCUCACCUCUCACCGCUUCUCACCUCUCACCACUUCUCACCUCUUACCACUUAUCACCUCUCACCGCCUUCUCACCUCUCACCACUUCUCACCUCUCACCACUUCUCACCUCUCUCCACUUAUCACCUCUCACCGCUUCUCACCUCUCACCGCUUCUCACCUCUCACCACUUCUCACCUCUCACCACUUCUCUCACCUCUCUCCACUUCUCACCUCUCACCGCUUCUCACCUCUCCACCACUUAUCACCUCUUAACACUUAUCACACUCUCACCACUUCUCACCUCUCACCACUUCUCACCUCUCACCACUUCUCACCUCUCACCGCUUCUCACCUCUCACCACUUCUCACCUGUCUCUCCACUUCUCACCUCUCACCACUUCCCACCUCUCACCACUUCUCACCUCUCGGCACGUGAUUUUCACCUCUCUCGGCCCUGGCCCACUCGACAGCACCACCACGUGUGGGGCAUGCCCUGCAGGUGCCACUUGAUAGUCUGCUCUCUCCGAGUGUGCUGCACACUACCAGUGCUGCACUCUAACGCCCCCUUUCCCUCCCUGUUUCCUGCUCCUCCUCCCCUCCCCACAGGACCUGCCACGUGUGGGGCAUGCUCUGUAGGGCCACUUGAAAGAGCUGUGUGCACGCCUCUCCCAUCGACCUGGCCUUCUUACUGCAUGUGCGCUCCUGGUUACGGCAUGACCAGCACUGGAUGCGUGCAAGGGGCCACCCCCACCGUCUCCUCCACCAGCUUCACCUUCUAUGAUCACCCCAACUUCACCAUAACUCGCUUCAUAUCCACUAUGCGGGUCCACUGGGAUGGCUGCACCGACAUCACUCUCCCCCGCGCCUCUGAUGUCCUGUCCUACACCCGCAUAGAGCCGGCCCCGGGUGGGAUGGGAAAUUGCACAAAUGUGUGUGCGUACUAUGGGUAUGGGUGUGCCGGAGCGUGCAAUUCAUUGUUCAGCUUGGCGGGUGCACCUCAGAUCGGCGUGUGGACCAUCCCGUGA